AUGGCUCAAGUAAUUGAUCAUUCUUUGUCGAAAGGAUUAUCAGUCAUUUUAUUUCGAACUCGACGAGAGGAUUUACCGGACGUAGAGCAACCAGGCUCCAUACUUAUUGGAAUGAAAUUUAAAGUUGAUAAAUUUCAAGAUUCUCAACAACUCAUUGCUUAUAAAAAUGAUUCAACGUGCAUAGUAUUCAAAGAUAAACUUGAAGAGAAAAUUCUUCCUUCUACAAUGAAAGCUAAAGGUAAAGCAAUAAUAACAUUCGCGGAAUGUUUGCGAAAAUGGUGGAAAUUAUCCGAGAUUCCCCAUAUUCCUCAUCAAAAAAUUCGUAAACAGCUCAAGAUCAAUGAACUUCAGAUAAAUGUUUUUUGCGAUUUAAUUGGUGAAAUAUUACAUUCACGAAAUACUGAUAUUACAACGGAAUUAUUUAUAACGGAUUAUACAGAGAACGAAUAUCUUAAUACGAAAACGAUAGAUUGGGAUCCACCUAAUGGUCUAAGUGGAAAACAAGUACUUCAAGUAUCUUUGUGGGAUGAAAAUCGACUUGAAGGAAGAAAUCUUCAAGUUGGUACGAUAGUUAUGUUACAAAAUGUCCAUACUAAAUUUAAUAAUUAUCAAAUGUUUCAAGCCAUUAUACAUGGAGAUCCAGAUACUAGGAGAGUUAAAAUAUGUGAAUUAGAUUCUUCAAAUCCUGAUGUGAUUGAAUUAAAAAAAAGAAAAAAACAUUAUAUAGAAAAUCAUUUGGAAGUUCAAGCCAAAUUUUCACAGAAUAAUUUAAUUUCAUUUUCAAAAAAAGAUUCAUUACCUUCGGAUAAUAAUGAAAUAAUAAUCACAAAAGUUGUUAAUUGUCAGAUUGAUAUUAAAUCAAUAACUGAGAUCCUAAAAAAGAAGGAGGAUAUUUACAAAUACCGAACACGCGGCAGAAUUAUUCAAUUUUAUCCUUUAAAGUAUCAAGAAUUUAUAAAGCCAUAUUGUCAUAAAUGCGAUAAGAUAUUUUUCGAUCAUAAACCAGAGAUCAAAAUUAAUAAAUGUCCAACUUGUUUUAAGAAUGUUAAAUAUAUUUAUGAUUUUUGGUUAUUGAUUGAAGAUGAAAAAGGUAAUGCAACUAUACCUGUGCUUGUUAACGGAAAAAAUGCGAUUGGUUUUUUAAAAAAAAUAGAACCACAAAAGGUCAAAGAAAACAUUGAAGUUUGUCAAAAGUUCAAAGACCUAAUUGAUACUUUAUUAGGAGUAAAUAACAGUAAAAAAACUUUAAUGGAUUUCUGUAUCGCUGCAUAUAUAGAUAGAAACUCAGAAGGAAAUCCAAUGACUUAUCAUUUAAUAAAUACAGUAUUAUUUCGUUCAACUGAUUUUGAAGUACAUAGAAAUUGGCUUGCUAUUACACAUAGUUUACCUAUAUCCAAAUGGUAUUAUGAGAGUACAAGCGAAUGGACUCUAGAUUAUCCACCAUUCUUCGCUUGGUUUGAGUGGUUAGUAUCUCAAUUCGCGUCAUUUGCAGAUGAAGAAAUGCUUAAAGUAGAUAAUCUCAAUUAUGCAAGUGAAAAUACAAUUUAUUUUCAACGUAUGACCGUGAUUAUUGGCCUUUGUCACGCUUAUUGGGCACCGAAUUUCUGGGCUUUAUAUUCUUUCGUUGACCGAGGUUUAAUAAUUGUCUCAAAGAAAUUAGGAGGCGGAUUAAAUGAAUUGAAUGAAUUGGCACUAUCUUCCAUUACCAGAGGAUUAGUUGGUGACUCUAAUUAUGCAAUCUUACCUCAAAUUCAAGCAAAUCAUACUUUCAUUAUCACGUUGAUCUUCCAAGCUUCUCUUGUUAAAUUGUGGAAAUAUCCGGAUUUCAAAAAUUUUAUCGGUUCAUUGAUAUCUUGUGGUUAUUCUUCAUUUCUUUUUGGAUGGCACGUACAUGAAAAGGCCAUUUUAAUGGUCAUGGUUCCUUUCGGGUUGAUCGCAACCGAAAGUCUUGAACAUUUUCGUGCUUUUAUGAUUCUAUCCACUUCCGGAUUAUUUUCAUUAUUCCCUUUACUUUUCAAAGCGACAGAAUCUAUAAUCAAAAUAUCUCUAUGUGCUUUGUGGAUAAUUUUUACCUAUUUAGGAUUAUCACUUUAUGCUCCAAGUAAAAUUAAAUUUCUUCCCACUCCAAAAAGUAAAAUUUCCAUGUUUAUUUAUUUAGCAGAAAACAUUUAUGUUUGUGGAUUUGUAGUUUUACAAUUUUUUUUGGGAGUUCUUCAAAUAAUUCUUAAAAAUGAAUAUGAAUUUUUACCUUUAUUACUCACAUCUGUAUAUUCCCAACAAGGAACUAUUCAACUUGUCCAAGUAAAAUUAAAUGAUUCUACCAUGCAAAAAGAAAAACUUCAUUACUAA